UACCUAGUGCCUGCUAUUUCCGGCAACACAGGAUUUUGCUCGAUUCAUACUAAUAAACUAAGAAUACCACUGCAUGAAUGGCAGCUGUGGAUGACUUCAAGUUCCAAGAAUUUGAUGAUGCAGCCAACUUGUUGGCAGCCAAUCCAGAUGCUGUCACUAUAAGUAUUGAUGAACCUACUGAAAAACCAAAGAAGAAACAUGGACAUCUGCAAGUAUCUGGAAGAGAAGAAGAUGAUGAGCUGCUGGGGACAGAUGAUUCUGAUAAAACCGAGUUGCUUGCUGGGCAGAAGAAAAGUGCUCCAUUCUGGACAUUUGAAUAUUAUCAAACCUUUUUUGAUGUGGAUACACACCAGGUUUUGGACAGAAUCAAAGGUUCUGUUUUUCCAGUGCCAGGGAAAAACUUUGUGAGACUGUACAUUCGGAGUAAUCCUGAUCUUUAUGGUCCAUUUUGGAUAUGUGCCACACUAGUCUUUGCUGUUGCAAUUAGCGGUAACCUUUCAAAAUUCUUCAUUCAUCUGGGCAAACGUGAUUUUCAUUAUGUGCCAGAUUUCCGCAAAGUCUCCAUCGCUGCAACAGCCAUCUAUGCUUAUGCCUGGCUAGUUCCUCUUGCUCUCUGGGGAUUCCUUAUGUGGAGAAACAACAAAGUUGUGAACAUUGUCUCCUACUCAUUUCUUGAGAUUGUAUGCGUUUAUGGCUAUUCACUCUUCAUUUAUAUACCAACAGCAAUUUUAUGGAUCAUUCCACAGAAAGCUCUCCGAUGGGUAUUGGUGGCAUUUGCUCUGUGUCUUUCAGGAUCUGUUCUAGUAAUGACAUUUUGGCCUGCUGUUAGAGAUGACAAUCGGAGAAUCGCAAUGGGUACAAUUGUGACAGUUGUCCUUCUCCAUGCCUUGCUUGCUGUUGGUUGCUUGGCAUACUUUUUUGAUGCCCCUGAACUGGAGGUCCUUCCACUGACUACAGUACUUCCACAUAAUCAAACAAUAGGAGUAACAAAGGCUCAGUAAACAAGGCAAUUUCUAUGAAGUUCAGAAUCAGCUGAAUUGGUCUGCUUGAGAGUAAUUUUGUUGCUCCACAAAGAGAAGCAAGCUCAAACCAAACCUGGAUCAUCAGGAAGCUUUGAGUAUGAUUUGGUACCUCUAGAUGUCAUAAGAAGGCAGACAUACUGUCUAUAAAAAAGUAUGCAGUCUGCUUUUCUGUAAAAUGUUACAGAGAAGAAUGGAGAAUGAUUUAAAAGACUUUCCAAGUUAAACUAAUUGCUGUUGAACAUUUGUUGUCUUUAGGAACCAUGGUUGAUUUUUUAAAUUCAGCCAUACUUAGUCUUUACCAUUUUGUGGGGGAUGACUUCCUUCCCGUGCUGUGACCUGCUGAUGCUCGUUUAGCAACAAUACCAAAGAAGAAUCCUCUGGUGUGGGGCCUACUUUGUGGAUCUCACUGAAAUUGGGCAGGUUCCCACUUUGCCAACAAAGAUCUUUUUGUUCCGGCAUUUCCUCCACUAUUUCUUCAUAUUUAUCUACACCAAUAAUAGUUGAGUCUCCUUGGCUUUCAUUUUUUAAUGAAUUGUCACUGUAUGUUGUUCCUUUGAUGAUUUUAUUGUAAAUCUGAUGUGUUUUUAAUAAAAUGGAAAGCUCUAUAAACUUUUUUAAA